AUGUUGAUUGUGUAGAGAUUGUCGCACCUGAGUCUGAUGCAAGUGAUCAGAAAAGCUUAGAGAUUGUUCAAAAGAUCAUCGAAGAUGACAUGGUGGAGAAACUGAAAGUGGAACAAUGUAAGCUCUAUCUAAGGAAACAUGGGUUGAGAUUAACAGGCAAAAAAGAUAUCCUCAUUCAUCGCAUUAAGGAGCACAUUAGUAUUAUGAAUGGUGAAGGAGAACAUAAAUACCCUGCUUGUAGUUUUGUUAUGAAUUGUAAAGGGGAUUCAUGCACAGGAGAUGUUGUUUUGUUCGAACAAAAUGUGUAUGAAAUGUUUAGCAUUGCAUCAAGGAGUGCUACUGGUCCUCCUUGUGGCACGAGGGUGAUAGCUGGUCGGAUAGUGAAAGAAAGCUAUGGUGCUGCUAAACAGCAACAUACAUUUACGAUUGAGGUUUUAUGGAGCAAAGGGGUGAAACCACUCCCUCCCCUUCAUCCUCUACUCAUCAAAGGCAGAAACCUUUACAGAUUAAAGACAAUGAGACAGAGAUGGGAAAACGAAAGUGAAAGGCAGAAAAUUUUGUCGGAGAAACAUUUUAGAGGCAACACUGCCCGGAGUUAUAGGGCAGCACGCCUUCAGGAGAAGGAAAUAAAGAAGGCACUUAGGGAAAGGACAUCAAAAGGGAACAUUCAGAAUGAAAAUCAAGCGAAGAAAACAACAGCAUCUCCUACCCGCCCUAUGAUUAAAGCCAAGAACCCCACAAAGCCGGACUUCCAAAAUGCUUCAAUUCAACAUGAAACUAGAAAUUGGCCUCCCCCAUCAGAUACACAUCCACACGCAGGUGUACCAUAUACAGAGGUUUUACGUCACCAACCGUUGAUGAGCAGGAUUCAUUAUCCUCAUGAAGGUUCAUAUAAAGAAAACAUCAACUCUAACAUGUUAAGGAGUGCGGUUGGAUGGGAGCCAAAUACUUCUUCUAGAAAUACCUUUCAGGCUGAACAAAACUGUCGAUUAUAUCCUUCAAGACCAUUUCAGAAUUUACCACAAACCCAUGCUUUCCAACAAGGUCAUUUACCAAGGGAGGUGCAGAAUUUACCACAAAGCCAUAGUUCCCAGCAAGGCUAUUUACCAAGGGAGGUGCAGAAUUUACCACAAAGCCAUACUUCCCAACAAGGUCAUUUACCAAGGGAUCAUCACCAUCAAGGACAGAGGCAGCAGCUGUGUAGAUACUAUCCACAAGGAAGGUGCCACUAUGGUACUAACUGCAAAUAUCUACAUUGAGUGUGCAUCUAUCCUAUGUUUCUUUUUGUCCUUUUUCGAGGCAAUUAUGUUUUAGCGGAUCUUCAAAUGAUCCUGCAAGGAAAGCAACGCACUUGAGUUCCAGAUGAUGCUA